AACCAUCCCGAUGAACUGUGGAGUUUGGUGGUGGGGGGGUCGACCACAGACUCCCUCAUCCAUGGUUGGGAGAGUUUCUGCGCAUCAGCUAGAAAAUAAAACUUAAAUACUAUGUAUUUUAAAAGCGUAAACGCGUGUUCGCACUGAAUUGAAGAUUUGGGAAACUCGUAAAGGCGCUUUUUUCUUUCUGACAGGACUCGCUGAGGGGAAUCUCGGCGCGCGCGAGCGCUCAGUCUUUCUGCGGACGCAGUGAAAUGAAUCAAAUUCUAUUGUGAUGUAAAAAUGAAGUCGGAAGCGAGAAAGGGCUGACAAACGGUGUUUAAAAGGGAGACCACUGCCUGGAAAAGUGGUACACAAAAUCAAAUUUGCCUGCUUAUUUGCGAAUGUAAAUUCUUUGAAAGGCAGGAAAAGUUUUCGUGUCGUUCCUUCACAUGUCUAGCAGGUCACUUAGGGAUGUAGCUAACGUUAACGUUAAAGGUAGGUAGAAGCAGGAUUGUUAUGUUACGCUGCGAUCCCAAAUCAAGUAACUUAAUUCGAGGAAAUGACCCAUCAUACCGUUGAAGUUUUGACCGAGAAGAAGAAACAUCUAGGACAUCCUUGGCCGUGUUCCUAGCGGAGUUUAUUGGUUGACUGAGUAACUAAGAGACGUCCUCGUCCAUUCUUUUCCCCAACAUUCCAGCGAUGGAUAAUAGUUUUCCAGGGAGCAGCAGUGCCGUGAUCCAAAAGGGAAAGUUUGUGUUCGUCGAGGCUCAGUUGCAGGGUGGAGCGCCUUGGGGUUUCACGCUCAAAGGUGGGCUCGAACACGACGAGCCGUUAAUCAUAUCGAAGGUAGAGGAGGCCGGGAAGGCGUCUCUGUUGCAGCACCCCCUGCAGGUGGGGGAUGAGGUGGUCAUAAUUAAUGAGGUGGAGUUGAGUGGAUGGAGGCAGGAGGCCAUAUCACUCGUUAAAGGAUCUUACAAAUCACUGCGGCUCACAGUGAGAAGAGAGUGUUGUCCAGGUCCCUGCUGUUCUGAACGCCGUCCUCUUAGUCCUUCCAGAGAUGGCAGAUGCAGCGGAGGAGUGAAACUACGCAUCAAAAACAGACGGAGUGAGCCUGGAUCUCGACCUCAUUCCUGGCAUUCUACAAAGCUGGGCGAGGGCCCUCAGGACCCAGAAAGCAUGAUGCAAGUCACCCAGGGUGGUGUGGGACCCCCCUGGCACCAGAACUACCACUCCAGUGCUUCUACCACAGACCUAUCAGGAUUUGAGACGGGAUUCCUUAGGAAGAGCCCAGAUCAGUACAGUUCACGGGGCAGCAUGGAGAGCCUAGACCACACUCACCCAGCCUACAGCUCCUGCUAUCAACUAUCAUCAUCCAAAUCCUCCAGCAGUAUCGAUCACCUGCACAGCAAGCGGGAUUCUGCAUACAGCUCAUUCUCGACCAGCUCUAGUAUCCCAGAGUACCUUGCAGCAGCACCAUCGUUUAACAAAGAGAGGUCAUAUUCCAUGGAGAACGUUCCACAGAGAGAAGGGAUGCAGCAGGCCGAUAUACGCUACGUACGCACUGUGUACGACCCCCAACAGGGUGUGUCUGAAGAGCAUGAGAUUACCUCUGUGGCAUUAUUAAGAACCAAUGACAGCAGAGCACAGUCUAGAAGUGGGAAUGUCCCAGGCAUGAUCUGUCAUCGUGGUAGCAGUAGUAGUGGAAGCAGUGGGAGUAGUGGAAGCACCACCAGCCCACAACGCCAUAGUGUUGGGACAGUCUGGGAUCCAGCUCACAACCGGCACUCUUUUGAAAAUCUAAAGGGGGCGCCAGCUCCUCCAUUACGCAGCGACAGCUAUCUAGCAUUUCGCAAUCACGAGCGUCCCAACUCUUGGUCGAGUCUUGAGCAAGCUCGGUCACAGCGGGCACUUAACAAGGGUUCUUGGCAUCACUCAAGUGGUUCUGUAGCAACAGGAAAGUCCUCGUUCGGAGCUGAAGGUCAGUUGCACACGGUGAUUGAAAAAAGCCCUGAAAGUAGCCCCACCACCAAACCCAAACAGGGUUGUCCUCAGGCCGCACAACCCGGUCGCCUCAUGUUACCCACCAGCAUCUACCCUGUUCCACCACCCGAGCCUCAUUUUGCACAAAUCCCAACCAGCAACCCUAACUCUGGUAGUGUCUACCCAGCACUGGCCAAGGAGAGCAAGCAAAACAAUCACUGUGAUCACUUGGGUGGACCAGUUAAAGAGGAUAGGGUCACCCUUGAAAACGGAUACCAAAGCAAUACUCCCAACCCAAACCCUAUCCAACCCAAUGUUUCGGCACAACCCAAGCUCUCCGAUAAAGUGCAAAAUGACACACAAUUCAAACCUGGUUUUUAUCGGCCUCAUUUGCAACAACAAGUGCAGAAGUCACAAACACCAUAUGUACCCCAGGAGAGGAGGGACCCUUACACUCCUGUGCAACCAAGAGCAGAGAAGCCAAGGCUUUCGCUUGGUAUGGAAGUUUACGACAACUACAGGCCACCUCGAGAUGAAGAACAGAAUAAAUGCAAUGAGCAAAACAUUCAUUCAGACCCACUUUACACUGGGAAAGUUGCACUGGGACAAGUUGCUCAAGCUUACAGAGGAAACUUAGUCCAAACUCAAGGAAAUGACCACCUAGUCAAACCUUCAAGGCACUACAGUGACUCUAGUGCUCUUCAGCAGAGAGGUCAAGACUGUGAUCACCCUCUGACCAGACUGGAGAAUGCACUUGCUGAGGUUCAAAGAUGCGUCAGUCCCGAGAGUACUGCUAGCCAAUGCAGUUACCAGAGUGAGCGUAGCAUGUCUGUGCUGGAGAAAGUAAGUCAUUUUGAGAGACAGCAAGUCAAACCUCGCAGUCAUAGCAGCCUGUCCCACCAUGGUUCUAUGGCUCGUCUGAGCCAAACAUCAAGACCUUCCAGUGCCAAGAGCUCCUUCUCUGGUGUGGAGGACAUGCACAACAUGUUGGAGAGAAGCAACAGCUCGAUCCCUCAUGGGAGAACUCAGAGUGCUUCUAGCAUGGCAAGCUACGAUGGACGUAUGGAAGUGGAUAUCCGAACGAGAUGUGGGAGUGGUGAUCAUGUCCAACAUCGCCAGCAAAAAGAAGCUGUUGUCGCCAACAAGACCUCUCUUCAAAGAAGUAAGAGCACCUUUCAGCUUGGUGAGGGGAAUGGUAAAGACAUCCACGGGAAAGGUGACAUUCAUGACAUCUUGGGCACCAUCCAAGACACAUAUUUUAACAGAGCAUAUAGAGACAGCAUUAAAGAUGCCCAGUCUAAGGUUCUCAGGUCAACUUCCUUUAGAAGACGGGACCUUAAUGUUAUUCCUCCACCAGUGCCAGCCAAACACGCCUCCUUAGAACGAAAAGGAACAAGUACAAGUCCCAAACCAGCUACAACGUCCCCACACACUCCAAAGGAACGCCAUGUUGUUCCCGUUGAAGCACCAACUAGGACCACUCCUCCUGAACUCCCUAGUGUCCCGGCUGUUGGACCUGCAGUUAUACGGAUCUGUGGACGCAAACGGUUCACGAUGGACCAAAAGAAACGAUCAUAUUCCGAGCCUGAAAAUAUGCAUGAAGUUGGAGUGCUGCCUCAGGAAAUCAGUCAGGCUGAGAGGAAUGUUCAACAGCAGUUUCUGGCGAGCGAGACGAGUGUCGCAGAUCGACGCAGGAUGUUUGAGCAGGUGGCGAAUCGUAGCGUCGAGUCAAGACUUUUGUCCUCCAGGCCUGAUUUGAAGCAAAUGCAGCAAGAUGCCUUAGUUGAGUACAUGGAGCGCAAAACUGGUAGAAGAGUAGAUGGACGUCCAAACCGCCCACAUAGUGCUUAUCUACAGUCCGCUUCUUCUUCUGUUGACUUGCGAAGCCUCAACUCUACCCCAAGUAUGUUCUCUUUGCAAGAGCCGGGACACGAUGGCCACUCUGGUGGUACACAGAAAGCCUCCACCCUUCCAGCAGGAAUGCAAAGCUCCUUUUACCCUCUCAAGGGCACCCAAAAACACACACGGCCUGAGUUUUUUGCCCAUCAGUCGCAAGGCACAAAUUCUGAAUCUCAUAUACCAGGUCCAACCCUGACCAGAAAUACCCUUCCACAGCACCUGGAGGCCAUUUUUGAGAGAGCCACAACAGCUAGAAGCUCAGGGAGGUCAGCUUCAGCCGAGGAUUUGUUGGACCGUAGUGAAGAACGUCCCGUUCCUCACCACUUCCGCUCCAAGUCAUCUCCAGUGGAAAACUUUAGUCAGGACUUCUUAGCCACAGACCUUCAGAUGUUUAGAGUUUCCUCCCAGGAAUCCUCUGAAAACAGGGUGUUGAUGAACACAGGACACAAACAGCCGUUAUGUUCAGCACGUAUGGAGAGGAGUUACCAGCAAAACCCACCUGUGUUGUUGCGUGAGCGUCAAAGACAUUCAGACCGGCCUAGAGUGCAAAGCGCUUCUGGUCUAGCUGCGUCUGUGGGACUUCCUUGCCCUUUCACCUCACCAGACACUUCCACCAGCCUCAACUGGCAUAACGAAAACAGACUGUGUCAGCCCAACCUGGACUCUAUUGCUUUUCCAAUAACUGGGCCACAAAGUCCGUCCAGAGCACUGGGAAUGGUGCGGCAAGGCUCCAGCGACACCAGCACUUCUGACGACACCCUGAAGGACUUCCCGUGUCCGGUGUCCUCUCCAUCACCUCCACACACAGAGGUCAUAGGGUCACAACUUCCACCCAAUUCAAAGCCGCCCUCCCUUCCCGAGAGCUCUGACUCCCCAGCAAAGCCACUCUUGUCUCUUCGUAUCUCAGAGUCUAAUCUUCACGAUGUUCAGAGUAUCGCCGUGUUGCAAGAUGAUGAUGAAGUGUUUUUAGCUCCUACGCCACCUUCUCCUCCACCACCACUGCCCAUCAGAGAGACGGAGAUUUCAGAGGACUUCCCGCCGCCGCCUCCGCCUCUCACACCCCAGAUCGAGGAGGAUGUGUUUUUGACGGAAGAUUUACAGCAUCCAGGACCAUUACAGCCCAUCAGCGAUUGUGAGAAUCUGGCAGAUACAUCAGUCCAUCCAGAACCAGACCGAGCAUCAAACAACCACUCGACUCCAUCGGUGACGCCUGACCCUCAGUCCACCUUGAACACCAGCACUUCAUCUCCUCUAGAGGAGGACACCUCUGAGAUACUGGGACCCGACUACCAUCUGCUGUCCAGAAGAGAGCGGACACACGCCGAGCUGCUUGUGGAGACUUUAGCCCGAGAGCUGGUGAGCCACGACAAAUCCCUCACCGCACUGUUGGACACCUGGGCAGGUAAAAGCACCCUGGAUCUGAUGGAGGACAUCUUCCCUUCACACAAGAGGAGCAGCGGCAGCCAUGUGGGUCACAGGGCUCAAGAUGGUCCGUGCGCUCAAGAUACUCCCUCUCAGGCCGUUCCAAGGAAAAUGGAAACCAACCUGGAUGACGAAGAAGCUUAUUUGAAUCAAAAGAAGGUGGAGCUGUUGCAGGCGCUGCACGUGAGCAUCCGGUCUCUGCAAGGGGAGAGAGAGGGUCUGGUGGAGCAGCAGAAGAGGUGCGGCGCUCUGGCCGGCAGUAUGGAGGCUUUGGUUCAGGAAUUCUGCAAACCCAACGAGAGAGAGAAGUACCGCAUGUUCGUCGGAGACCUGGAGAAGAUCGUAAACCUGCUACUGUCGCUGAGCGCUCGGCUCGCACGCGUGGAGAACACACUCAGCGCGCUCGACGACCACGACCACGACGACGAGAGUGGAGAAGAGAGGGAAUCUCUGCAGCUGAAGCGGAAGCAGUUGAGCAGUCAACAGGAAGACGCUCGAGAGCUGAAGGAAAACCUGGACCGGCGCGAGCGAGUGGUUCAGGAUAUUCUGUCCGGCUACCUGAGCCGCCCACAGCUGCACGACUACCAGCGUUACAUCCGCAUCAAACCCGCCCUGCUGAUACGCCAGCGCCACCUGGACGAGCUCAUACGCCAGGGGGAGGAGCAGGUGAGGAGGCUGGAGGAGACCCUGCCCCCUGAGCAGCACCCAAAGAACACUGACUCCGCCCCCCAAACACAGCCUUGUUUUAACUCCACCCACCUGACACGCCCCACCACUGUGACCUCACUCUGACUCCGCCCAUCAUAGACUGAUGCCGCUCACAGCUGAGGAUAAAUAUGAAUCAAUGACACUGGCCACGAGCAGUGCGCACAAACGAGUGCCUUAAAUGAAGGAAAUGACGGAGUUGCACCACAGACGUUUUCCCAGUGUGCCAUUGCACACGAGCGCAAAGUUCGGAAGACCAUAACUGCGUUUUUUGCCCAUUAGACAUCUACACUGCACCACUAAUUAAAUGCACAGUGCAUGUACACUACAUACUUAGCUUACAGCACAAGGCACAGAGCUAAUUCAGUGGCACAAAACGCAUCAUUGUGAUUGGCCAAAACACCAAUGAUUUCCAGCCCUGUAACUUCUGAGCACUUUGGAACAGAUGAACCACUACGAUGUCACAAAAAGAAGAAACUAUCGAACACACACACACACUUACUGUCUGCGCUUUGAAAUUCCUAUUGUCAAUAAAUGCGACAGCUAAAUAUUUAUGAUUUUCCGUUUAGAAACAAUUUUGUACGCUGCUGUACAUACGCUGCAGCAAUGCCCUCGUGAUUUUAAAAUGUAGAAGGUUUAAAAACAGCAAAGAUAAUGUAUUUUUGUAAGCAUAUUACUAGCGAGGGUGUUUUUGUGGCUUUUGGGCGUUUAUGGUCAGCUUUAAGAGGUGCUAUUAUAUCUAAAUCAUGACAAUUACUACCAGAAACAAUAAUAACUGUUCACUGGCACUUGAACACAACAUCAGUACUUGCUUUCAAUAGCGAUUAGGAAGCGUUAAAACUGAUGUUGAAUAAAUAUUAUUCGCAACUCGGCUGCAUGCAGGGUUUUAUAUUUCCUGGUUUGAUCGCAAUGCACAUGCCCAACUUAUUUUGCCAAUAAUAUAUUUUAUUUCAUUUUAAAUUCUGGCUGUUUUUAUUUGGAGAACAUCUUAAUUCACAAAGUAUCAUACCCCGAACAGCUGUAUCUAAACACAUAGACCGCAAUAGCAGCAAACUGUAGAUGGAAGCGUUUAUAUUGGACUGUUCUUGUAUAAGAGCUGUUGUGAUCAUCUGAUACACAUGCAAUUGUUGUUUUUGUCUGGUUUUUUUUUUUUUUUUUGAUGGGCCUAAUCUGGAGAUUAGGUUCAGCCAUGCUUUACACUGUUUAAAGGCAAAAAAAGAGCACAAUUGGAAGGCAAAAUAAAUCUAUUUUUUAAAUACAA